AUGUACCAUAAAUUCGAGAACGCGUCGAAGACACAAUCGCUCGUCGUCGACGUGCAGCUCGAUCCGGGGGACUACGAGGCGGAACAGCGUUUCUUUCGCAACUUCUUCGGCUAUUUGGAUGAUUGUCGGAAGGCCAAGAUGGAGCCGAGUCCGUUCCAGUUGUUCGUGUUUUUGCAUGCGGCGGACACGCCCGUGGCAUUGCCACUGCCGAAUGAGUGGCUGGGGGUGAUUGUCAGUUGGGUCUUUUUGACCGUCAUGGCGUCCGUGGGGAGGUGGGUGCUGGGUUACCAGGCCAGCUACCCGGAGUAUUAUGACGAGCGUAAGACGAGGUGA